GACAAUAAAGUGAUGAUGAAGAAACAAGUGAUCCUUGGAGUGAUCUUGCUUGCAGUCUUCUUGAUUUUCAUGAACGCCAAACAAGUAGAAGCCACAAGGUUGUUACGAACCACCCUCGAUAGUGAGAUGCCGUCCGUGUUCCAGUCGUUGCAGAAGGGUACGGUUCCUGAAUCCGGCAGGAACCGUUGCACUCAUAUCCCCAAAGGCUCGGGAAAGUGCCACGGAUGAGCACUCGCGUAUAUUUGGAUCCCAAUGCUCAACAUAUUUUGUUCUUGUAUAAAUACUAGAAAGUAUACUUAACCGUUCAUGUAUACAUAUC